AUGGCCGAGGUCAGCCGCAAGUACAACAUCCCGGUCACCUGGACCGCGCUCCUCUCCCACCUCUACGGGCCGGGCGGGCAUCGCAAGCAACUCGACCUCGCCGCCGAGCAGCGCAAAUCCGGCGCCAUGGUGAUCCCGCAGGUGAGCUGCCGGCCGCUGAACUUCGAGGUCACCUUCGCCGAGCCGUUCAUCUUCGACGUGAUGCCGUUCAUGAACGAGCUGGCGAAGGCCGACGCGAAGGAACCCGGCACCCGCCGCCGCGCCUAUGCCGAUCCGGCCUGGCGGGAGAAGCUGCGCAGCGAGGUGACGCCGCUGUUCCGCAACUGGUGGGACCGCGUCGUCAUCGCCUGGUCGCCGUCGCAUCGCGAACUGGAGGAGAUGCCGCUCGCCGCGGCGGCCGCGAAGCUCGGCAAGGACCCGGUCGACCUUGCCCUCGACAUCUCGCUGGCCGACGACCUGCUGACCCGCUUCCGCAUGGCCGUCAUGAACUUCGACGAGAAGGAAGUGGCCGAGCUGAUCACCGACCCGAACACGAUCAUCGCCCUGUCCGACGCCGGCGCCCAUGCCAGCCAGCUCUGCGAUGCCUGCUACUCGACGCAUCUGCUCGGCCACUGGGUGCGCGACCGCAAGGUCUUCACCCUCGAGGAGGCGGUCCACAACCUCACCCAGCGCCCGGCCGAGAUGUUCGGCAUCACCGAUCGUGGCGUGCUGGCCGAGGGCCGUCCCGCCGACGUCGUCGUGUUCGAUCCGAAGACCGUGAACCCGGGCCCGCUGAAGCGCGUCUACGACAUGCCGGCCGGCGCC